AUGGCGGCUUUCCUGCAGCUCCUGUGUCUGUGCCUCGCCGCCGCCCAGCUGGCGGGAGCCCCAGAUGGCCUUGCAGAAUGGACAUCCUGGUUCAAUGUGGACCACCCUGGGGGGGAUGGGGACUUUGAAAGCCUGGAGGCUAUUCGAUUCUACUAUGGUGAGCGAUUGUGUGCCCACCCCUUGGCCAUGGAGGCCCGGACCACCGAGUGGGAAUUGCCUGCUGAUGUGGGUGAACGAGUGCACCACAGUCUUGAGAGGGGCUUCUGGUGCCUCAACCGGGAGCAGCCCGAAGGAAAGAGUUGUUCCAACUACCACGUUCGAUUCAAGUGCCCACUGGCUGCUUCAUGGAGUGAGUGGGGAGUGUGGGGGCCUUGCUCGGGGAGCUGCGGGCCCGGCCGUCGCCUCCGCCGUCGGCACUGUCCAGGAUCCAAGAAGGACACAUGUAUAGGACGUUCUGUGGAAGCUCAGAAAUGCGUGCGACCAGCGUGUCCCGGUUGUGGCCGAGAUGUAGCCAGCAAGGAUUGCAGCGGCUGUGUCUGCAAGGAUCAUGUUCUCCUGGGUACUGUGGUCACCCCUGCUGGUCGGCCUCUGCCUGGGGCCCGUGUGACCCUUAAGGGCCGCCCUAAGCCUGUCUUGGCUACCACGGAUGCCCGAGGCAGUUUCCGACUUGCAGGCAUCUGUUCUGAUGGCCACACUAACGUCAGUGUCCAGCUGGAGGGCUUUGCGCAAGGCGUCGGCCAGGCUGUGGCCAACAGCUCCACAACGGCCUCUGUCACGGUCAUUCUCCGGACCCUGGAGAAGCCCUAUCUGGUGAAGCAGCCAGAAUCCCGUGUCCGAGAGGCUGGACAACAUGUGAUGUUCUGCUGUAAAGCUCUUGGAACGCCUGUGCCUAAGAAAUACUACUGGUACCACAAUGGGAGCCUGCUGGAUAGAAAGCUCUACAAAUAUGAUAGCAACCUGGUGCUCAGGAACUUGGAUCCGGAGCAGGCAGGCACCUACCACUGCAAAGCCAACAGUGAUGCUGGUACCAUCAAGUCCAACACUGCUGUCCUGACUGUGCUAGCUCGAGGACAGCAAGUCUGUGACCCCCGGCCCCUUGAACACCUCAUCAAGCUGCCAGAUGAUUGCCACCAGGCUGCUUCAGGAUCCGCCUACUACAAUGUGGGUCUCUGUCCGGAUACCCGCUGCCCUGGUCGACCUGGUUCCAACCUUCGCUGCGGGGAAUCUGGCGACCGCUGUUGUUCUGUGAGCCGUUUAGAGACCCGGGAGAUCCAGUGUACGGGCUACGUCUUGCCUGUGAAGGUGGUGGCCAAGUGUGGGUGUGAGAAGUGCAUGCCCCCCAAGGUGCUGGUGAGGGGCCGAGUUGUGGCUGCUGACACCGAGGAACCCUUGCGCUUUGCGCAGAUCCUCCUAGGGAAGGAGAAAACUGGCUUCACUGGUUACCAAGGUGACUUCACCAUCGAGGUACCCCCAGCCACCGAGCGCCUUGUUGUGACCUUCGUGGACAGUCACCAGGAGUUUGUAGAUGCAGUCAAAGUCUUGCCCUUUGACCCUCGGGGAGGUGGAGUUUACCAGGAGGUGAAGGUCAUGAGGAAGAAGGAGCCCAUCACUUUGGACGCUGGCCAGAGCAAUACCAUUCCCCUGGGUGCAGUAGAGGGAUUGGACCCUGUAGGAGAGAUUGUUAUACCGGCCAGUGCCUUCUACUAUCCGAAUGGAGAGCCGUAUAAUGGGAGCGUGCAGGCCAGUGUUACUUUUCUGGACCCCCGUGACCUUGCCACAGCAGCUGCUGCUUCGAGUGACCUCAAUUUUGUGGAUGACAACGGGGAGCUAGCCCCUCUGAGGACCUACGGCAUGUUCUUGGUGGACCUCCGAGCAGCGGGCUCCGGGGAGGAGCUGCACACGGGUCCGGUGGAGGUGCGUGUGGAUGCUGGGCAGAUCCACAUGGCGGGGCACGCUGAGGAAAUGAAGCUGUGGUCCUUGAAUCCAACUACCGGCUUAUGGGAGGAGGAGACUGACUUCCACUCCGAGACUGCUGGGCGCCGGGGGCGGAGGGAGGAGCGGACGUUCCUCAUAGGCAAUGUAGAAAUCCGGGAGCGGCGACUCUUCAAUUUAGACGUGCCGGAGCGCCGGAGAUGCUUUGUCAAGGUGCGCGCCUACAUCAAUGACAAGUUUAUACCCAGUGAGCAGGUGGAAGGGGUGGUGGUGACUCUGGUCAAUUUGGAACCGGCGCCAGGCUACUCGGCCAACCCCCGUGCCUGGGGACGCUUUGAUAGUAGUGUCACGGGUCCCAAUGGAGCCUGCCUUCCCGCUUUCUGUGACGCCGACAGGGCGGACGCCUAUACUGCCUAUAUUACGGCUGCCCUUGGGGGUGAGGAGCUGGAGCCGGCGCCUUCCAGCCCCCAGCCUCAUCCGGGGACUGUGGGCGUGGCCCAGCCCUACCUGGGCAAGCUGGACUACCGUAGGACGGACCACGAUGAUCCGGCUUUGAAGAAGAAUGGUUUCCGAAUUAAUCUGGCCAAACCCAACCCCAACAAUCUGGAUGAGAUCCAAGGCCCCAUAUACCCUUGGCGGAGCUUGCGGGAGUGCGAGGAUGCUCCAGUAACAGCCAAUCACUUCCGUUUCUCCCGGGUGGAGGCAGACAAGUAUGAAUACAAUGUGGUCCCUUUCCGGGAGAGUGAGCUGGCUUCCUGGACUGGUGAUUACCUCUCCUGGUGGCCCAACCCCCAGGAGUUCCGCGCCUGCUUCAUCAAGGUCAAGAUACAGGGGCCCCAGGACUACAUGGUGAGGUCUCACAAUGCUGGGGGCAGUCAUCCUCGCACCCAGGGCCAGCUCUAUGGGCUGCGGGAUGCACGCAGUGUGAGGGGCAUGGAGCAUCCUGGCACCUCGGCAGCCUGUGUGGAGUUCAAGUGUAGUGGGAUGCUGUUUGACCAGCGCCUGUCAGACCGGACCCUGGUGACCCUGAUACCUCAGGGCAGCUGCCGACGCAUAGGCGUCAACAGUCUCCUGAGGGAGUACCUGGCGCGCCACCCGCCAGUGGCCCCAACUGAUGACCUGACAGGCUUCUCCAUGAUCGCACCUGUAGACCCCUUGGGCCACAAUUACGGCAUCUACACGGUGACAGACCAGAAUCCCCGGCUAGCCAAAGAGAUCGCCAUCGGCCGUUGUUUUGAUGGUACCUCGGACGGCUUCUCAAGGGAGAUGAAGGCAGAUGUGGGUAUAGCUGUAACCUUCCAGUGUCAGGAACGCCCAGCCGGCCAACGAAGUCUUUUCCAGAGGCUGUUGGACUCUCCUAGGACUGCUCUCGAAGAUAUACGCCGGGAGAUGGGACCUGGCCGUAGAAGUCUGUCUUCUCCCCCUACUCGCAGAGUUUCUGGCCGCAGAAGGAGGAUGGAAAUGCUCCAGCCUGAGGCAGGAACUGAGACCUUGACCCCUGAUCCUGAGGAUACCCCCUAAACCCGAGGAAAUUCCUCCUAGCUCCCAACCCAAUGAUAACACCUGACCCAAAGGAAUCCCCUCAAGUCCCUGGCCCUAGAGAUGAUCCUUCAUCUCUCACUCCCAUCUCUAGGAAGCCCCCAACCCUAGAGAUACCUCCUGACUUCAAAGGAAGACCUCUAUCUUAGGCAUAUCACCAGCUCCCACCUUUCUUUCACCCUUCCUCCCCUCAACUCAAUCUCCUCCAUGUUCCCUAUUUGUUGCUUAGAAAAAGCCUAGAUUUCUGUGGAGGGAGCUAGGAGAAUGUGACUAUCUGUACCUCUCAGUCCAGGAGUGAGAGGGUGCUUCCAUCUUCCAUAGCUCAGUUUAGUCCUUUAACUACUGGGCCAGACUUUAUCUUCUUCCUGCCUGGGUUCCAGCAUUUACCCCCUGAUGGCAGUAAGAGUUACCCAACUUUCACUCACUUUAUAUUACAGACCCCUUAGGGUUAGACCUCAGGAUAAGUUUGGGACAGAUCAGUGGAAAGAAGGGGUCAGUCACUGAGAAAAGGAAUAGAACCAAGAUGAUGUGGGGUUGGAGAGAGUCUUGGACUGGGCAACAGGGACCCAGCUUCUAUUCUCAGUCUUGCUAACUCAUUUGUGUUCCUUUGGGGAAGUAACUUUUGCACUAGACAUUGCAGGAUGAUAUGGUUGGAAAGAGACCUGA